AUGGCAGCAGAAACUCAGACACUUAACUUUGGGCCUGAAUGGCUUCGAGCUCUGUCCAGUGGUGGCAGUGUGACGUCCCCUCCUCUUUCUCCAGCAUUGCCGAAGUAUAAAUUAGCAGACUACCGCUAUGGGCGCGAGGAAAUGUUAGCACUUUUUCUAAAGGAUAACAAGAUCCCUUCAGACCUUAAGGAUAAGGAGUUCUUGCCUAUUCUCCAGGAGGAGCCCCUACCACCACUGGCACUAGUGCCUUUUACAGAAGAAGAACAGAGAAACUUUUCCAUGUCUGUAAAUAGUGCCGCUGUCCUGCGAUUGACAGGACGAGGAGGAGGAACAGCGGUAGGGGCUCCUCGAGGUCGAAGUUCCUCUAGAGGUCGAGGUCGAGGCAGAGGUGAAGGUGGUUUUUACCAAAGAAGUUUUGACGAAAUUGAGGGUGGAUUUGGCCGAGGUGGCGGCGGCCGAGAAAUGCACCGAUCACAGAGCUGGGAAGAAAGGGGAGACAGACGGUUUGAAAAACCAGGGCGAAAAGAUUCAGUGAGACCAAACUUUGAGGAAGGCGGGACGACAGUAGCAGGGAGAAAGCAUGAAUUUAUCCGUUCUGAGAGUGAAAACUGGCGCAUCUUUAGAGAGGAACAAAAUGGGGAAGAUGAAGAUGGAGGCUGGCGCCUGGCAGGAUCACGAAGGGAUGGAGAGAGAUGGCGUCCCCACAGCCCAGAUGGUCCUCGAUCUGCAGGGUGGCGAGAGCACGUGGAACGGCGACGAAGGUUUGAAUUUGACUUUCGAGAACGGGAUGAUGAGCGAGGUUACCGACGAGUGAGGUCUGGCAGUGGUAGCAUAGAUGAUGACAGGGACAGCCUUCCUGAAUGGUGCCUGGAGGACGCUGAAGAGGAAAUGGGAACUUUUGAUUCCUCCGGGGCCUUCCUCUCCCUAAAGAAAGUACAGAAAGAGCCCAUUCCUGAGGAACAGGAAAUGGACUUUCGGCCUGUAGAGGAGGGGGAGGAGCGCUCUGAUUCGGAGGGGAGUCACAAUGAAGAAGCCAAAGAACCCGAUAAGGCUGCCGGCAGAGAUGGGGAUCGAGUAGAUCGAGGAGCUGCAGAAACUUCAGAAGAACCCAUCAGGCCAUCGUCCCCAAGUGCUCAGCCAGCUAGUGCUUCAGAGCGGCAGCCUCAGGAACCCCUGCAGCCAAGCCCAUUUGAGAGGAAAGAAGAGAGCAAAACGGAGCAGCCAGAAGAAGACAGCCGGUCCGAGAGCUCCCUCCCCACCCAGGGGCCCAGCAGAGGAGAAGAACUGGUCCCUGCUGUCCAGUCUUUGUCACAGAACUCUUCAGACCCGUCCUCUUCUGGUCUUCUCCCCCCACCUGUUGCCAGUCCAGGCCCCGCCCUCCGGACCCCCCAGACGCCAGCCGUGGCUGCUCCUGGCAUGAGCGGUGUCUCUGCAGAUCCAGAUGAUGAAGAUGGCCUCAAACACCUGCAGCAGCAAGCAGAAAAGAUGGUGGCGUACCUACAGGACAGUGCCCUGGAUGACGAAAGACUGACUGCCAAGCUCCAGGAGCACCGGGCCAAAGGAGUCUCCAUUCCGUUACUGCAUGAGGCCAUGCAGAAGUGGUAUUACAAAGAUCCACAAGGAGAAAUUCAGGGUCCAUUUAAUAACCAAGAAAUGGCAGAGUGGUUUCAAGCGGGCUAUUUCACUAUGUCCUUGUUGGUGAAGAGAGCGUGUGAUGAAAGUUUCCAACCCCUUGGCGAUAUCAUGAAAAUGUGGGGAAGGGUUCCCUUUUCACCCGGCCCAGCACCCCCUCCACAUUUGGGAGAACUGGACCAGGAACGACUGACCAGGCAGCAGGAGCUCAAUGCCUUAUACCAGAUGCAACAUCUCCAGUACCAGCAGUUCCUCAUACAACAACAGUACGCACAGGUAUUGGCGCAGCAGCAGAAAGCAGCCCUUUCAUCCCAGCAGCAGCAGCAGCUGGCACUGCUCCUCCAGCAGUUUCAAGCUCUGAAGAUGAGAAUAUCAGAACAGAAUCUGAUUCCGUCCGUCACUAGGUCUGUUUCAGUUCCUGAUGCUGGCUCUAUUUGGGAGCUUCAGUCAACAACUUCACAACCUACAGUCUGGGAAGGUAGUAGUGUUUGGGAUCUUCCUCUUGACCCUGCGGCUCAGGGACCAGCUCUUGAACAGCUUCAGCAGCUGGAGAAGGCUAAAGCUGCCAAGCUAGAGCAGGAGCGUAGAGAGGUGGAGAUGAGGGCCAAGCGAGAAGAGGAGGAGAGGAAGAGGCAGGAGGAGCUCCGCAGGCAGCAGGAGGAGAUCCUUCGGAGGCAGCAGGAGGAGGAGAGGAAGCGGCGGGAAGAGGAGGAGUUGGCCCGAAGGAAGCAGGAAGAAGCCCUCAGACGCCAGAGGGAACAAGAAAUGGCCCUCCGGCGCCAGCGAGAGGAAGAGGAACGCCAGCAGCAAGAGGAAGCACUUAGAAGACUGGAGGAGAGGAGGAGAGAAGAGGAAGAGAGACGACAGCGGGAGGAGUUGUUACGGAAGCAGGAAGAGGAGGCCGCCAGGUGGGCCAGGGAAGAAGAGGAAGCCCAGCGUCGGCUUGAGGAGAACCGACUGCGGGUGGAAGAGGAGGCGGCCAGGCUUCGGCACGAGGAGGAGGAACGGAAACGCAAGGAGCUGGAGCUCCAGCGGCAGAAGGAGCUGAUGAGGCAGAGGCAGCAGCAGCAGGAGGCCUUGCGGCGCCUUCAGCAGCAGCAGCAGCAGCAGCAGCUUGCCCAAAUGAAGCUGCCGUCUUCUUCCACAUGGGGCCAGCAGUCUAAUUCUGGGGCCUGUCAGUCUCAGACAACACUAUCAUUAGCAGAAAUCCAAAAGCUAGAAGAAGAAAGAGAGCGGCAGGUUCGAGAAGAGCAAAGGCGCCAGCAGCGGGAAUUGAUGAAAGCCCUCCAGCAGCAGCAGCAGCAGCAGCAGAAACUGUCUGGUUGGGGCAAUAUCAGCAAACCCGCGGGCACCGCUAAGUCCCUGUUGGAGAUUCAGCAGGAGGAGGCCCGGCAGAUGCAGAAGCAGCAGCAGCAGCAGCAGCACCAGCAGCCCAACAGGGUCCGCAAUCCCCCGCACUCUAACCUGCACACCAGCAUCGGGAAUUCUGUCUGGGGCUCUCUGAACACUAGCCCCCCUAGCCAAUGGGCGUCAGACCUCGUUAGUAGUAUCUGGAGCAAUGCCGACACCAAAAACUCCAACAUGGGAUUCUGGGAUGAUGCUGUGAAGGAGAUGGGGCCGAGGAAUUCCAGUAAGAACAAAAGCAACGCCAGCCUCAGUAAGUCCGUAGGGGUUUCUAGCAGGCAGAAUAAGAAGGUGGAGGAAGAGGAGAAGCUUCUGAAGCUCUUCCAGGGAGUGAACAAGGCCCAGGAUGGAUUCACCCAGUGGUGUGAGCAGAUGCUUCACGCGCUGAACACGGCCAACAACUUAGACGUUCCCACAUUUGUCUCUUUCCUGAAGGAAGUGGAAUCUCCCUAUGAGGUACAUGAUUACAUCAGGGCCUACUUAGGAGACACCUCGGAGGCCAAGGAGUUUGCCAAGCAGUUUCUUGAGCGCCGUGCCAAACAGAAAGCAAACCAGCAGCGGCAACAGCAGCAGCCGGACUCUGUGUGGGCCGUGAACCACAGCACACUUCACUCGGUGUUUCAGACCAACCAGAGCAACAACCAGCAAACGAACUUUGAGGCUGUGCAGAGUGGCAAGAAGAAGAAGAAGCAGAAGAUGGUCCGAGCAGAUCCCAGUUUAUUAGGUUUUUCAGUAAAUGCAUCAUCAGAGCGACUUAAUAUGGGCGAAAUAGAGACUUUGGAUGACUACUGAGCUUCUGCACACCGUCUGGCCAUUUCCCAUGUCUGUUAACCAUGGAUUCUCCACCUUUGGACAUCACACUUUACCAUUUACUCUUUAUCACCCUGCAACCAUCACAGAACGUAUCAUCUCAGGCUUUCUUUUCUAGCCCUUUCUGUCCAGGACUCUGAGCAGUCCUUGUUGGCGAGCCUCUCGGACGAUAGACAAGUGGACUGAACUCUGUCUAUUGGGUGGGUGGUAGUUGGGAUUCCUCCCCAACAAGGAUGACUGUAGACAGCAGGUAUUCACUGGGCUGAUUCCAUCUGCUGUUUCCUGGAAAGCCCGUUGGGAUCUGCCAACAGCAGCUUCCUUUUCCCCGUCCUCCCCCCCCCCUUUUUUUUUUCUUUUUCUUUUUCUUUUUUUUCUUGGCAAGGGGGGAAAAUCUAACUUGUGCAAUCAUGGAGAGAGUUUAUGGUUAACAGAUGUUGGUCAAUAACAACACCCCCCCAUGGAUUGUGACUUCUGUGUUACUCCAGGGCAGAGCCAGAUGGUGCCCCCCCAGUCCAGGCGUGGCAUCAGGAAAGCUUAGCUUUUGGAUAACGUCAGCAGGGGCUUGGAUGGGGGGGUUAGCUUGGAUUGGUUUGAAGUCGCACACCCCUGGCCUGCCUUUUCUGAGCAUUCUUUUGGAGGGAAAGUUCAAAUCUUUCUUCAUCGGGCGGUGACAUCAAAGCACGCCGAAUUCUCCCUCUGGCACACUCCUUCCUUCUUGGACAAAGGAACCUAUGAUCUGGGAGAGGGACUUUUUUCCUUAAUUUUUCUUUCUUAUUAAAAACUGAUUUUUCCCAUGAAUAUUUUUACUUCAGAGGAAUAGGACCAGUUUGUUUUGGGCCCUUCUGCUGAGAAUUUGUCUCGUUUAAGAGGCACCUGGGAUCUUUACCAUAUGUCUGUAUUUGUCUAAUUUCAUUUUGGGUGGGGAUGAACCUUGGCUCCCGAAUGCACAAGCCCAGAACUGUAGCUGCUCAUUCGUGACCGUGCCUGCGUCUGUCUGCCUGCAACCCUUCCCUGAAAAGGGCGUGUUAGAGAUUCUGGACUGGCAUUUUGUCUUACCUUGACCACCUGCAGUACUUCUGUUCCUGAAGACCACUGUGGGGUGGGACGACGGGAGGUGGGGGCAGUAGGAAAGCCUGGCUGGGCUGGUUGGGGUUCCCUUGUGGUCCUUCACUUCAGACCCAGAUGUAAUCGGCUUCACUUGGUAAAGAAAUCCUUGGACUCGCUUUGCUUCCGCCAAGAGUUCAACGAGCCCUCUCCCCCCAGAACAAACCCCACCCCCUGAAAUUGCCCGUUGCACUUAGUUUCUGACCUCUCCUUUCUCCUUCCACAUUUUGGGAACGGUCGGAGUGUGCCUGUGGGAGAAAGUGCCGCAGCUGCUGGGGUGGCUCUGUGGGAAGAUGGCACCUUCUCCUCUCCUCUCUUCUCCCCGCCAUCAUUGCCUGAAGAAGAGGCUGGAGCUGCUCUGAGAGCAGUUUGGCUUUGAAUGAUUUUAUUUGGUUUAUUUUAUUUUUAUUCUUUGAGAACACCGCCCUUCUUGUCCCUGCCCCCUUCUGAACAUGUACAGUUAAUUCUACGGAGACUGCUGCAAACGUGUAUAUAGUUUUUGGAUCCAGUGGCAUGGGGAAACGGGGCACCAUCCACAGUUGGGCUCCUGCUCUCCUUUGCUUUGUAAAUUCAUAAAGGGGGAAAGAGGGAUAGUUAAAAUGUUUACAAAACUUUAAGCUCCCUCGGAACUUUUGCCAGUGUGGAGGAAAAAAACGAGAAAUAAAUAAAAACAGUUGUAUUAUAUCUAAGAGGGCAUUUUGUGCUUGCUUUUGUUGAGGCUGACUUUUACAAUCAAUCACUUCCAAGAGUAAAGUCCAUCCAAAAGGCCCUUUCUCCUCUCAGCUUCAUGGAGAAGCUACAAACAAUACUGGGCACCCGGAGACAGCCGCCACUCGCUGCCUUUCUGGGGAAUGUUGGUGGUUUUUCUGCUUGCAGUUUGAGAGCUCAAAUAAACACCGGUAAGUUAGAUUGGAAAUAUUUGACCAAACACCUUCACUCCUGUGAGUGUACCCCCUACCUCUAGCCUCUCCUCUUUCCAGGCCUCUCUUAUUCCAGGCGUGUACUCACCCAAGAGUCUGAAUUUGACCUCCCCAUCUCCCCUUUUUGUAACAGAUGAAAAAUUAGAAAACAAAGGUGAUUCUUCAGUAAUGAGUCACUCAACUCAUCAGACACUUUAUUUCCACUCUUGAAAACAAGCGAACUCAGUUGUACCUGAACAGCCUUCUAGCAGACAUUGGAGAAAGACCACUCUGACCUUGGACUCUUCAGCCUCUCAUCCGCUCGUGUCUUGUCUUUCUGUUUUGUCUGGAACGACCCACCUGCCCUCCAGCUUACAGCUUACGUAAUUAUGCUCUCCUGGGGGACACUCACUUUGUGAGCUCAAACGUACUCUUCGUUUCCAUUUUAUACUCUGUCGUCUUCCUCGCUGUUUGUCCCAGGGUGUUUUUAUGGAAAAACUUCCCAUGCAACUCUCAGAAAUCCUAAGAUCUGGGCUAGAAGGGACCUCAGGGGACCAUUGAGCCUGGCCCUUUGCAGUUGAAGAAACGGGAUCAGAGAGGUCCCGUGACUGGCUCAGUGUCACAUUAGGGACUAAAACAGGAGGCCUGGGAUUUGAACCUGGGUCCUCGGACUCCAAGGCCAACUCUCUGCUUACAUACACCAUGCUGCCUCUGCCAGGUAAACUGAAGACGAUCAGAAGAUGGGUGGAAACGAGUUUACUCUGCUCACAGUCCUGUCAAGGAACUUCAAUAACUGUAAGCUAAAUGAGUUUUCUACUUCAGUACAGUUAGGGAUGUUUCAGGGUUGUUUUUACAAUUUGUUUUCAUUUCAAGGAAAUCAUUGUUAAUUUAUGCAUCGAGUUUGACCUACCUUGCAAUGUAUUCUAACCUGGUGAGAAAUGGACAUAUUUAUUUUUGUACAAAGCGCCUCUCUGCUGUUGAGUUAAUAAAAGUACAAAACCCA